AUGCCCUCGGACACCGAGGAGGUCUGUCUGCAGCAGUCGGGGACAGGCGUCUACGAGAAUGUGGUUUAUUCAAAAGAAUCGGCUGACCGAGCAAAAAGAUAUGCAGGAGAAGGAGGUAGCCGGAAGACAAUCGGAAGGUACUCAGCGGCGGUGCAGAACUUAAUUCCCGUCCGCACAACUGAAAAAAACAAAAACAACGGAGGAAGCCGAAUCGACGAUGCCGGCCUCUUCUCGUUUGUCACCUACUCCUGGGUGUUCCCAUACCUUUGGCAAGCAGUUCGUGGAAAACUGAACCGAGAUCAAGUGUGGGGAUGCAGUUUCUACGACAGCUGUGGGUUGAAUAUGGCGAGAUUGGAAGUGUUAUGGGAAGACGAGAAAAAAGUGAAUCCAAAGGACCCAUCACUUUUCAAAGUGAUCUACCAAUUCAUCAAAACCCGUCUCUGGUUCUCAUGCGCUGUUUUCUUUUUCUGCUUGAUUUUCGGUUUCAUUGGUCCAACUUGCUUCAUCCGACGACUAAUUGCCUUCGCCGAGAACCCGGAACGUGAUGAGAAGCAAAACAUCGUCUACUCAUACGGACUCGCUUUAGUUGCUGCUAUCAGUAUCGUCGAGUUCGCGCGAGUUGUGUCAUAUGGAGCGACAUGGGCGGUCUCUUACAGAACUGGAAUCAGAGUUCGUGGAGCUGUUCUUGCACUUCUCUACAAAACUGUGCUCAACGCUAAGGAUUUGUGUGGAAAGACUGAACCGGAUGUUAUCAAUAUUUUUGCGAACGAUGGACAACGCUUGUUUGAUGCUGUUACAUUUGCACCACUGGUUUUAGUUGGCCCAUUGGUUCUUGUUGGAGGAAUCGGAUACUUGUUAAUGGUUAUUGGAAGAUGGUCACUGCUUGGAAUUUUGGUUUUCUUUAUUUUCGAUGUUAUCCAGUUCUGCCUCGGAAAAUCGAUGGUCGCCUGCCGAAACCUUGCCAUUGUGAAAACCGAGAAGCGUAUUAGUUUGAUGGGGGAAAUUAUCAAGUACAUCAGAAUCAUCAAGAUUAAUGGAUGGGAAGAUGUGUUCAGCAAGAAAGUUGAUGCAUUCCGUCAAGAAGAAAAGGCUCAAAUCCGUAAAUCUGGUUAUGCUCAGUCGUUGGCUAUUGCUUGUGGACCUGUCGUACCAGUUGUCGCUGCUAUCCUCACAUUCCUUGGAGUCGUUCUUGCUGGAAAUGAUCUUUUGGCCUCGGACGCGUUCUCCGCUAUCACUGUCUACUUUGUGAUGUUAUUCGGUAUUCGUAUGAUUCCAUAUGGAUCCAGAUACUUGGCUGAAGCAGUGGUCGCACUCCGAAGAAUCAAGGAAUUCCUCAUGCUGGAACAAUACGCCACGUAUCCAGUCACAAAUGCUGAGGAUACUGUUUUGUACUGCCAGGAAGCGACAUACACCUACCAGCCGAAAGUUGAAAAGCCAACACCAGCAACACCAAGCGAAGCCGAGGCAAUUCUAACGGAGCAAGCAGUAUUCACCUCAUAUUUCGACAAUUUCACAAUUAAACGCGGUGAGCACAUUGCUGUAAUUGGAGCCGUUGGAAGUGGAAAGUCUGCACUACUCAAAGCUAUUUCUGGACAUAUGUUCACCAACGACGAUGCCAUCUCAGUUGACCGCACUCAAACCGUCUACGUCCCACAGAAACCAUGGAUUUUCAAUGGUACUGUACAAGACAACAUUCUGUUCGGUGACAAAAUGAACACUGAAAGAUACUAUAAGGCUGUGAACGGAUGCCAACUCACUGAGGACUUGACGACACUUUCUGUUGGAGACAGAACUGAAGUCGGAGAACGUGGAGCUACGCUUUCCGGUGGACAGAAAGCACGAAUCUCGUUGGCUAGAGCUGUCUUCCAAACCAAGAAUCUCUACCUGUUCGAUGAUGUGUUUUCCAGUUUGGAUAAAAGGGUUGCAAACAAAAUCCACGAGGAGAUCAUCCAGAAGCUGUUGAAAAAGAAGGCAUUAAUGAUUGUAACUAACAACAUGGAACUUCUUCCUUACUUCGAUCGUGUCAUUUUCGUAGAAGGAGGAACCAUUGUGGCUGAUGGAAACCAUGACAGUCUCUUUGAAUCAAAUAAUGACUACAAAACAUUUGUGAAUGCUUGUCAAACCUACCAACAAUCCUCCGGCACUGUUUCUCCGAUUGGGGAAGCUCCAGCGCCUACACUACCUGGACUCGACGUUGAUGCGCUGAAGAGCUCUUCGGAAAACUUGAGCGCCGGGGAUUCCGACAAACUGAUCACUGAAGAGGAAGAUAUGGGAAAUAGCACAAUUUCAUGGUCGAUCUAUAUGCAAUACGUUCACGCUGCCGGCAGAUGGCCAAUCUGGGUUUGCCUUAUCAUUGGAUUCAUUAUCAAUGUUGUGUCAAGCAUUUUCUCCACGUACUGGUUGUCCAGAUGGUUGAAGAAGGGUCACGAUGAAACAAUAAUCUAUGAGAAUGGAACUAACUUCUUGCAAACCAGAGAAAGUUUGGCUGAUAGCCCUCACACCGGAUUCUACGCUACAGUAUACUUGGUUUCUCUCGUGGUGCUCACUUUCUCUGGACUCUUCAAGGCUUGUGUGUUUGUGAAGGUAUCGCUCACUGCCGCAACACGACUUCACGAUCAAAUGUUUAACUCACUCAUUCGCGGAGCCACCAGUUUCUUCGAUUCCACUCCCACAGGAAGAAUUCUGAACAGAUUCUCCAAGGAUAUGGAUGAAAUUGAUGUCAAACUUCCAUUCACCGCCGAAGUAUUCCUCCAGAAUAUGAUAACCUGUCUGGGUUUCCUUAUUGUAAUUGUUUCCGUCUUCCCAAUGUUCCUCAUUUUUGCAAUUGUACUCUUCGUGGUUUUUGUCAUUUUUGUGUCCUGUUUCCGUGCUGGUAUCAGAAACCUUAAACGUUCGGAACAUAUCUCGCGCUCGCCACUCUACGACCAUGUCACUGCUAGUUUGGAAGGAAUGACUACCAUUCACUCGCUUCAACAGAGCAACCGCUUCUUAGACAUCCUCAAAAAACACCUCGACUCGAACAGCGGUGCCAUUUUCAUGUUCCAAUCUGCAAUGAGAUGGUUAGCUGUCUGGCUGGAUCUCCUGGUUGUUGUGAUGACGGGAUGCGUUGCACUUCUGACAGUUCUCCUUACUGGAACCGUGUCACCAGCUGAUGCCGGUAUGGCGAUUGCCUUCGCAGUGCAGAUGAGCGGAAUCUUCCAAUUCGCCGUCAGAACUCAAACUGAAUUGGAAGCAAAGAUGACAAGUGUGGAGCGUGUUUCUUACUACGCUAAGAACAUCCAAUCAGAUGGAGACUAUAACACUCCACGCGGAGUCGAUGUGUCUUCCUCCUGGCCUGCCAAUGGUCAAAUCAACUUCUCUGAAGUUAAACUUCGCUACAGACCAAACCUUCCACUCGCCCUUAAUGACAUCACUUUCGAGAUCAAGGCUGGAGAGAAGGUUGGAAUCAUUGGAAGAACCGGAUCAGGAAAGUCUUCUCUUGGAAACUUGAUAUGCCGUCUCUACCCAGUCACCAACGGUCAUAUUUUCAUCGAUGGAGUUGACAUCAGCACCGUCGGUCUUACUAAACUCCGUCGCGCUGUGUCCGCCAUCGCCCAAGACCCCUCCCUAUUCUCUGGAACCAUUCGUUUCAACUUGGACCCCACCAAUGAGUACUCGGACUCACAGAUCUGGGAUGCACUUGAUAAAUGCUACUUGAAGAGUGUCGUGCAAACGUUGGACAAGAAAUUGGAAGCAGAAGUGGGUCAUGGAGGAGACAACUUCUCUGUUGGAGAACGCCAGUUGUUCUGUUUGGCUCGUGCUCUGUUAUCCAACUCUCGUAUUGUUAUCCUUGAUGAGGCCACCGCUUCCGUUGAUGCUGGAACCGACAAACUUAUCCAGACAGUUAUCAAGAAGGUAUUCGUGGAUGCCACCGUUAUUAUUAUUGCUCAUAGACUAGACAAUGUGCGCAACAUGGACCGAGUAAUGCUUAUGAAACACGCUAAGCUAGUCAAUUUUACAACACCGCAAGAAAUGUUCAAGGAUGAUUGGUCGAUCUAUAAACUUGAAGACAAAGAUGACGAUCAAAAUUCUGCAGUAGUCGUGGGGGAGAACAGUGAGAACUCAAACUCAAUGGAAAAAAGCUCCCAAGGCAGCAGCGAAGAAUCGGAUGACAUUGUAAAAGUGGAGAACGAUCAGAAAGAAGGAUCAGAUGAUGUGGUCCAUGUGGAAAAUGAUGAUGUCAGAGACGACACUUCAGAUACCAAAGAAACGAGCAGCGACACAGAUUUGGAAGUUGUUCAAUGA